AUGGAUGGAAACAAAGACGAUGCGUUGAAGUGUUUGAAAAUCUGCAAAGAUGCAAUGAAAGCUGGAGAUCGACCUCGAGCUUUGAAAUUCCUAUCAAAAGCUCGUCGUCUAGAUCCAGAUCUUCAAAUCGACGAUCUUCUCUCCGACCUUAAUAAUCAGUCAGAGAAACCAGAAUCGAGGAAAUCGCCUGGAUCUGCAACCGGAGCAAAAGAUUCGCUGGAUUCAUCAGAUCGGCCUUCGUUACGUCAACGUGGAUCAUCAACAACAUCACCGUCUUCUUCUUCGAAGUCAUACACCGAAGAACAGAUCUCGAUCGUGAGAAAGAUAAAAUCGAAGAAGGAUUAUUACGAGAUCUUAGGUCUUGAAAAUAACUGUUCAGUGGAUGAUAUAAGGAAAGCAUAUCGGAAACUCUCGUUGAAGGUACAUCCAGAUAAGAAUCAAGCUCCUGGUUCAGAAGAAGCUUUCAAAUCUGUAUCGAAAGCGUUUCAAUGCUUAAGCAACGAAGAAGCUCGGAAAAAAUACGACGUUAGUGGUUCCGAUGAACCAAUCUAUCAGCCACGAAGAUCUUCAGCGAGGAGUAAUGGAUUCAAUGGUGGAUACUACUACGAAGACGAAUUCGAUCCGAACGAGAUCUUUCGAAGCUUUUUCGGUGGUGGAGGAAUGCCACCAGCGACUGCUCAAUUCCGAACGUUUAAUUUCGGAGCUAGUCGACAUAGAACAACUAAUAAUCAUCAAGCUCCUGAUGCAGGUUUCAAUGCUCGUAUACUUCUCCAGCUUCUACCUGUUAUACUCAUACUACUGAUCAACUUCAUGCCUUCUUCUCAACCUGUUUAUCAACUCUCUUCAACUUAUCCUUACAAUUACAAGUUCACAACACAGAAAGGUGUUAAUUACUUUGUGAGAUCGUCGAAAUUUGAGCAGGAUUAUCCGCGAGACAGUAACGAUCGAUACACAUUGGAAGAACAAGUUGAGAGAGAUUAUGUGUCUAUACUUAGUCAGAAUUGUAGGUAUGAGCUGCAGAGGCAACAAUGGGGAUUCGUUCGCGAAACGCNUCAUUGCGACAUGAUGAGGAGAUUCGAGGAAACUGCUGCUUACAAAAAUCACUGA